UGUUUUUGUUGAUUGGGAAUCAGCAGCAACGGAUUUUUCUUUUUGAUUGAUUUCGAAUUUUUAUUGGACUUCUUUGUAUUAUGAAUCUAUCAUUUGCUGGCUGCGGUUUUUUGGGUAUCUAUCAUGUUGGCGUGGCCGUGUGUUUCAAAAAGUAUGCCCCACAUUUGCUGUUGGAAAAAAUCGCUGGCGCCUCUGCCGGUGCAUUGGCGGCCUGUUGUCUUUUGUGCGAUUUGCCUUUAGGUAGCAUGACUUCUGAUUUCUUCCGCGUUGUUAAUGAAGCCCGCCGACAUUCCCUGGGACCAUUUAGUCCAUCGUUCAACAUACAAACAUGCCUCUUUGAGGGCUUACAAAAACACUUGCCCGAAGAUGCGCACAAGCGUGUUAGUGGCCGUUUGCAUAUCUCCAUGACCCGUGUAUACGAUGGUAAAAAUGUCAUUGUCUCCGAGUUCAAUUCCCGCGAUGAGGUGCUACAAGCGUUGUUGUGUGCCUGUUUCAUACCGGGAUUUUCGGGAAUACUGCCACCCAAGUUCAGGGGUGUACGGUAUAUGGAUGGUGCGUUCUCCGACAAUCUACCCAUUUUGGAUGAAAACACAAUAACCGUCUCGCCAUUCUGUGGCGAAAGUGAUAUAUGCCCGCGUGAUCAGAGUUCCCAGCUGUUCCAUUUGAAUUGGGCCAAUACCAGCAUCGAAAUAUCACGCCAGAACAUCAAUCGUUUUGUGAGAAUUCUAUUUCCUCCCAGGCCGGAGUUCUUAUCGAAAUUUUGCCAGCAAGGAUUCGAUGAUGCCCUACAAUUUCUGCACCGUAACAAUUUGAUUAAUUGUCGCCGCUGUGUGGCCGUGCAGUCAACAUUUGUAGUAUCUGAAACGGUGGCACAGCCCCAAGAAUUCGAUCCCGAAUGUAGAGAAUGCAAAAAACACAGAAAGGAUGCACUUUCCUCAAAUAUGCCUCAAACUGUCUUAGAUGUUAUACAGGAUUAUAUAGAACAGGCCAAUAAAGGUUUGGCCAAUUGGCUGUUUAAACAUCGUGGUAUCAAAUUAUUAUCCUUGCCCGCCACUGUACCCAUUGACUUUUUGUUUGCCACAGUUUCCAAGCUUAGUUCUAUUACGCCUAAAUUAACGAAGCAAAUGCGCGUGGUCGUUGACGAUUUUGUAAAUCAGUUAAACAAUGCCUUACAUGUGCGUUUAUUAAAUAAAAUAACGAUCUGUGAUCCUCCCCAUUUCGAUACGACUGGUUUGUUACACUCGAAGCGUUUAUAUGGCCCUAGAGUAUCAAUACUCGUAGACGAAUGUGGCGCUUCACCUUUGGAAGAUGAUGUUGAUCAUUAUGAGCAUGUUUUAAAGGUUACUACCCACAACGAUGCAUUGUAUGCCUACUAUUAUACCGAUGACAAUACAAACAAAGUUAAAGUUACGGAGAUCUUCGAUAUGACUGAAAAUGUUGAAUUGGCCGACAUGAAACAAUACGAGGGUUCCGUGGAAGACCAUCCAAACCCACAUCAACACCAUCAUAACACCGUUGUCAGUGAAUGGAAUGGCGUUGAAUCAGUACAAAUUAUACCCACACCUCCUGAUUGUCGUGAAGAUAUUUUUUGACUGUAACUCCUUGCAUUGCAAAAGACACCCACCCACCACCUACCAUCCAUACAUCCA